AUGAUACUGCGUCGUGUGUUGUGUAUACUGGUUUUGCUUCAGUUUGUUAUCUUUAUGGGUGUGGCAGCAAAUGGGAACACUGUUCUUGGUCCUGGCACUGGUCCUGAUCCUGCUGGUCCUGUUCCUCCUCUUCCUGCUGCUCCCCCUCCUAGUCGUGGUGAUAGUGAAGAUCCUAAUCCUGAAUGCGCUGGUGAUUCAGCAGAAACCACAUGUCGUACUUCUACACGUGCAUCUCAUGGAAGUGGUGGUGGUAGUGGAGACACUCAUCAGAGAGGGGAUACAGCACAAAGGCCUGGGACAAGCAAU